GAAAGUUAGCUACAGAUAGCUCUGAAACAAAAGAUUGAAUACGUACAGCAUAAUAAGAAAAUAACUUUUCAUUUCACACUUUAUGCGAAUUCAAAGAAAUGAUAGAUUGUCAAUGAUUGCGUCGACUUCGAGUGACAUCUCUUGUUAGGGUGAUUUUUUUUCAUUGUGACGCUUGUUGUUUUGGCACUCACGAUAGCUAGCAGGCUAGCUAGCUAGCUAGUUUGUUUUGUUUUACUUCGGGUCGCUGUCCUUCUGUGACGUUUUCCCUUCAUUCAUUUUCACCAUCUUGAAUGACAGGUCAACAGAGCACAAUGUCUCAACUUGUUGACAUUCUUUUUCUCCAUCUAGCUGGCUAAAAUAGAAUCAUUUCCUUUAUUUUUCAAUUAACCAGCUAACAAAAGAGUUCCGUUUUGCCACAUAUUGCAAGCAACAACCAGCUGUCAAAUGAACUUUUCAUCAAAACAACUCGUUUGCUCGUCAGCUUACUAACAUCUUUGGCCAUCAAGUGUAUUGUCUUCGGGAGGAAACCGUUUGGUUUUUAAACACGGUAUCGUUUUGCAAAAAUCUGGAAUAUACGCUUUUAUUGUGUUUUGCCUUCACGGCUGGCUGGCUAGGUGGAGUGUGGAUUUCUUCAUCGAGUCAGGGGAGCUGACAUGGCAUAAUAUGGUGUGGGAAGUGAAGACUAAAGCGGUGCCACGCAAUACAGAGAAAGACCAGCAGGUGGAGCUGGAGAGCGUCUCAGGAAUGGAUGAAGCCUUCGACAUGCUCAAGUGCAACGAGGACCUGCCGUCGUCCCCAGGAUGCCCUACCAGUGAGAUUCGCAUGGAGUAUGACGACCUCCCCGAGCUGCAGGAGGUGCAUGAGAGCCGGGCGUUGCCGGCGGCGUUCCAGGUGGCAGCGGGAGUGUCCCAUCAGGAGGGCCCCUGGGGUGCCUGGGGCCCCGGCCCUGACGGCGGCUCCCCCAACACCAACUGGCUGACAGAGCUGGCCAACAUCGCCACCAGCCCUCAGAGCCCCCUCGUACAGAGCUCUCCCUGCAACAGGUCCUCUCCUGUGCACAUUUUUGCCAACAGCAACAGUUUACAUUCCUACGCCCGCCCUCCCCUGGCCUCCAGCAGUGCGCCUAGCCCUGCCCGCGGCCACCUGAGAGAGCGCAGACGGGUCAGGGCCAGCAGCGAGUCAGAGUCCGGCAUCUUCUGCACAUCCUCGCUCUCUGAUGACGAUGACAUGGGCUGGUCCCAUUCAUGGCCCUCCACAGCCUGGCACUGCUUUCUAAAAGGCACACGCCUGCGCUUCCACAGGGGGCCCAACGUGGAGUGGCAGGAUGCAGAGGACCUGGGGGACUCUGACGACGAGUCUGACGACGAGAGAGAGACACUGUCCCACUCCCUGAAGAGCUACGGUUCUGAAGGGCUGAAGUUGGUGGCCCAUGAAGAGACCCUGUCUUUUGGACAGUCUGUUCUCAAAUUGACCUUUGACCCUGGUUCGCCAGAAGACGGCCACUUAACGGCAGAAUGCAGAUUGGAUCAUCCCUUUUUUGUGAAAAGUAAAGGCUGGGCCUCCUUCUACCCGAGCCUGACGGUGGUGCGGCACGGGAUCCCCUGCUACGAGGUGCAGCUGGGAGACGUGUUCCUGCCCCCGGGCCACCAGGACGCCAACAACUGUGACGAUUCAGUCGUCUUCGACACCUUCAGGAGCUAUGACUUCACCCCUCUGGACUCGUCAGCCGUGUACGUCCUGAGCAGCAUGGCCCGCCAGCGCAGAGCCUCCCAGUCCAGCGGGGGCGCCGUCAGCCCUGACUGCGACAAGCUGGGCCGGGACAGCGAGCCCCCCGGCCCCUCCCAGUCCCCCCACGGCAAGGCCGGCAGGGGCCACUCCUCAGGGACAGCCAGCAGUGCCACGCCCACCAAGUGCAAGCGGCCAAUGAACGCCUUCAUGCUCUUCGCCAAGAAGUACAGAGUGGAGUACACACAGAUGUACCCUGGGAAGGACAACAGGGCCAUCAGCGUGAUCCUGGGGGAUAAGUGGAAGAAGAUGAAGAACGAGGAGAGGAGGAUGUACACCAUGGAGGCCAAGGCCCUGGCCGAGGAGCAGAAGCGCCUCAACCCCGACUGCUGGAAGCGCAAGAGAACCAACUCGGGCUCACAGCAGAACUAACUCACAGACGCAGCAGGUUGGUGGGAAAACGUGAACUGGAUUCAGAGACGCACGUGGAGGUGGGGCGAGCGAGCCUUCCUGUCUUCUGCCAGACGGAUAAGACUUUACUGUGAUUAUGAAUAUACUUGCUUUUUUAACUUAAUAGAGACAUUAUACAAAAAAAGAGCAAAUGAAAGACAAAUUAUAUUAAAAAAAGCGUAUAAUCUAGUAACUAACAGUGCUUCAGAUAUUUUCAUAUGUUUCUAUUGACCGAAAUGCCUUAUUCUUCCAAAGUUUAAAAACUCAGAAACCGCUCAGUUGUAUUCUUCAGGUAAUUUUCGUAUUCUUGGCUUGAAAGGUGAGAUCCUGUGGUGCUACAGUGCAGGGCGAGGAGGGGCAGCAGCAAACAAAUGUCUAUUUUUAAAUGUAAAGAGAAAAACAAAAUAAGAAAAAGGGGAAUUUUGCUUUAUUUCAGCUUGUUCAUGUGAUUAUAUUUGUAUAACUCAAUAUAUUGCACAGACAUGGUAAUCCAUUUAACUCUGUAUUUUCCGUAAGGGCUGGGGUCUGGGGGCGGGGGGGGUUGAGUAUAGCGUAGCGUAGCCUAGCGUAGCGUGACGUCCACCUGUGAGAACCAUCGGUCACGUACGAACGGCACGUUCGACCCGAAGAGCUCACACGUUGGCGUAUACCUGGAGUGGAGUACACACACAAAACACAGCACUUCUAGGGCUAUGACUACACCCGAAGUGUUUUUGCACUUUAUAUACAUGUAUACAUAAUAUACAUAUGCAUAUACAUAUAUAAAUAUAUUAUUCACGCAUGUAAUCUUGUACAACCGAUCCACGUUGACGAGCAGAGAAUUUGAUAAAUUUUUGACACAAUCGUGGCCAAACUGUACAGCUCUGACCUGCUCUCCUGGUUUGCCAUUGAAUUCUUAUAAUCUCUGAUGUCCAUAAUGUACAGGUGCUUGGCUCCAUCAAACUCUUGCACAGAACGUCCCUUGUAUGAUAUUAUAAAUAUUAAAAGUUUAAAUGUGUAAUCUA